AGUCAUCACUCCGGAUAUAUUUACAAAACACUGAUCCCGAUCUCAUCCAGCAAACACCUUGCAGAGAUGCAAAGACAGCUGUUGACAUGAAAUUCAAGUUGCAUUCUCAUCGCAUAACUCAUACCUGUGUGUGCCAUGUGUUUUAUGCGUGUACUGCCACCUGUGCGUGGAACAUCAUCUGAUCUUCGGUUUCCAUCGAUCUCAAUGCAAGGAAGCUCCCUGUAAAUAAAUAGCUAAUAAUUUACACGUCUGGAAUGGAUUCCUUCUUGGACUUUGAGGAGUGCAUCAAAGACUCACCUACAUUCAGGCAGACCCUGGGCCAUUGUGAAAGUGAUGUGACCGAACUAGAGAGUCGUGUUGAAAAGGUGAUGAAGCUUUGUGGGAAGAUGGUUGAAUCGGGACAAGCAUACAAUACAGCAAAUCAGUUAUUCCUCAGUGGAUUGGCAGAAUUCUCCUCGUACCACAAGCAGGACAGCAUCGUUAUGAACUGCAUGAGCCAGUUUAGUCAAGGGCUACAGGAAAUGAUCAACUUCCAUACUAUGCUGUUUGACCAGACACAGAGAGCCAUCACUCAGCAACUUACAAACCUCCUAACACAGUUCCUGCCACAGUUGAGAGAGACAAGGAAGGAGUUUGUGAGAAUUGGGGAUGAUCUGGAGACAGCAGCCAUGAAAAAUGCCCAGAUAUCUCGCCACAAAGCCAGUGAUGCUGAGCGCAGCAGCCAUAUUCUGCUGGCCACACGCAAAUGUUAUCAGCACUUUGCGUUGGAUUACUGCUUGCAGAUGAACAAUUUCAUGGUCCAACAGAAGGUGGAUAUCUUGAAUUCUGUCUUUUCAUACUUCCAUGCCCAGUACACCUUCUUUCACCAAGGUUUUGACUUACUGAGGGAUCUGGAGCCUGCUAUGAAAAGCAUGGCUUCACAGCUUGCCCAAAUCUCCAUUGAAUGCACAGCAAAAAGAAAGGACUUAGAAAAUACUCAUCUUCUGGUCCAGCAGAGAGAUGCCUCUGGGGAACCUAUAGUAAGCACCUGUCCUGAUCGAGGUGAGACUAUACAAGGCUACCUCUUCAAAAGGUCUCGUAGAAAGAAUAAGACAUGGAAGAGAUGCUGGUUUUCUAUCAAAGAUAAUCAGCUAAUCUACAGGAAAACACACAAGGAGGAGCCUCUGGUGCUGUUCGAUGACCUCAGGCUCUGUGCAGUGAAGAGUCUGGACAGUGUUGACCGCCGCUUCUGUUUUGAACUAGUCUCUGUUCAAAAAUGUUGUGCCCUCCAGGCAGAUUCAGAAGAGCUGAAGCAGGCCUGGAUUAGUGCUGUACAGGGCAGCAUCGAUUUGGCUUACCGUGAGAAAGUAGAGUCCCAUCAACUGCAGCCCAAACAUAUCCCCCAGCCCAUCAAUAAUCUAGAUCCCCAGCCUGGCCAGGCCCCUGUGAGGCCUGCAGUCCUAGGUGUAGCCCUCCAAGGCCCAGGGAACCAGCGCUGCUGUGACUGUGGAGAGGAGCAGCCUCGCUGGGCCAGCAUCAAUCUGGGAAUUACCAUGUGCAUUGAGUGCUCUGGGAUCCAUAGGAGCCUUGGAGUUCAUGUCUCCAAAGUACGGUCUCUCACCCUGGACUCCUGGGAUCCAGAGCAGCUUAAGCUAUUGUGCGCUCUGGGUAAUGAUGUCAUCAAUGGGAUAUAUGAAGCCAGGUGUUUGGAGGAGGACAGAGUGAAACCCAGUUCUGACAGCCCACGCCCAGAAAGAGAGACAUGGAUUAAGGAGAAGUAUGUGGAGAGAAGAUUUGUUAAAGGUGGCAGCUUUCCUGAGACACAGAUGGGGAAAGAAGACGCAGGACGUCAGUUGUACCAGGCUGCAUCUCAAGGGAACCUUGUCUCUAUGGCAGCUGCAUUGGCCCAAGGGGCAGAGGCAAACUGGAGCUACUCUGAGGAGCAGGGACGCACACCUCUGAUUGCGUCAGCUAUUGGGGGGUCCCUUCUGGCAUGUGAGUACUUAUUGCUGAAUGGAGCCAAUGUAAACCACCGUGACCAAAGAGGACAAGGGGCUCUUCAUGUGGCUGCCACCUGGGGCCAUACAGGGCAAGUGUGUCUGCUUCUCAAGAGAGGAGCCAAUCAGUAUGCGGCUGAUGAAACGGGACAGGACCCACUAGCUAUCGCCAUAGAGACGGCACAUGCUGACAUUGUGACAUUAUUACGUAUGGCCCGCAUGAAUGAAGAGAUGAGAGACUCUGAGGGAUUCUUUGGAUCUAUGGGUGACGAUGAGACGUUCCAGGACAUCUUUCGUGACUUCAGUGACAUGGCUUCCCAUGACCCAGAAAGACUGACCCGGCGACAGUUCAGCAGAAAUGGAGAUGAGGAAGGAGAAGGGAGCCAGAUAUUGAAUGACCAGCACAACGAGAAUAGCACUUAGGUGUAAAGUUUAUCAAGGAGAAAGGGCAUUACCAUUUUGCAGAUAAGGAUUGGGGAAUCCUUCGAUUGGCUGCAGUGUCUGGCACUUCUUUGAAUAUUAUUUUAAAAUCAAGCAAAGAGUUAAACAUUAUCAGACUACUCAGAAGAUGUGGGAACUAAUGAUGCUAACAGUCUUAAGUUUUUAUAAAUUAUGUUCUACAAUUAUACAUAUUUCUUACUUGAAUACAGUUCAACUGACCCUUACAACUAUAAAUGAAUUAUAUAUUGAGUAUAAGUGAAAUGUUUGGAAGUAGUCUGCUGUGUUGCCUGAAAAGUACAAAAUAAGGGAUAUACUAGUGUUACAUAUUGAAAUAAGUGUUAUAUUAUAUUUUAAUGUUGUGUGUACAUAUGUUAUGGCAUUUCUGUUACUACUCAACUUAGUUAUUACACAAAUAAUCGGUCUGUGUCGACUUUAUAGGUCAUAUAAUACGAUGAUAAAUGACUUCUUACUGAACAUCAUUUUUGUCCUGAAUUUUUGUAUUUAAUCAUGUAAACAAUGUUAGACUGAUUGUUCUGUCUUUAAAUGCUAGGAAUUAAUUGAACCCAAACAUACAUACGAAAUAAAUAUGUCUUGAUACGAAUUAAGUUUUU